AUGGGUCUUCUCACUCCUCCUCAGCGGACCCAAAAGGUCAUUCCUGAUAAGCCAGCAAAGGGACAUUUCUUCUUUGCUGGCAAGGAAUUUGCUCGUGUGCCUUGGUGGAAGAGGUCUAACAUGCGCAUUUUAUACUUUUACAUUGUUAUUCUCAUUCUUACCAACACUGCUAAUGGUUUCGAUGGUUCUAUGAUGAACGGUCUUCAGACCCUCUCGUAUUGGCAAGAGUACUUCAACCAUCCACGUGGUUCCAUCCUUGGUCUGUUCAACGCCUCUAUGAGUCUUGGCUCUCUUAUUGGUCUUUUUGUUGUCCCUUAUCUGGUCGAUUGGGCUGGCCGUAAGGUCGGUGUGCAGAUUGGCUGUAUUCUUAUGCUGCUUGCUGUUGGUCUUCAGGCUGGAGCUCAAAACUUUGGAAUGUUUGUUGCGGCACGUAUCAUCCUGGGCUUCGGUGAUUGCAUCGUUCUUGGCUCUGCGCCUCUUCUCAUCGCUGAGAUUGCCCAUCCUCAAGAUCGUGCUAUUCUUGUGACGCUGAGUGGUGCUUCUUAUCACUCUGGUGCUUUCAUUUCUAGUUGGGUUACAUACGGUACCCUUCAGAUCAAGAGCAACUGGUCCUGGAGACUUCCCAGCCUUCUCCAGUCCAUCUGCAGUGUCAUCAUCCUCAUCGGAAUCUUCUGGAUGCCCGAGAGUCCUCGUUGGCUGCUCAGCAAGGACAAGCACGACGAAGCCCUCAGGGUCCUCACUCACUACCACGCAGAGGAUGAUCCCGAGGACGAAUUCGUCCAGCUCGAGUUCAGUGAGAUCAAGGCCGCCAUCGCACUUGACAAGGAAGUCGGACAGACAGCCUGGGUUGACUUCCUCAAGACUCCUGGUAACCGGAAGAGAAUCGGCCUCAUCACUGCCCUUGGUUUCUUCAGUCAGUGGAGUGGCAACGGAUUGAUCUCUUAUUACCUCAAGGGUAUCAUGGAUGCUGUCGGUAUCACCAAGGCUGAGACUCAGCUUGGUAUCAAUGCAGGUAUGAAGACGCAGGGUUUGAUCAUCAACACCGCUUUUGCGUUCUUCAUUGAUAUUUUCGGUCGUCGACCUAUUUAUCUUACCUCGACCAUCGGAACUUGCGUCAUAUUCACUUUCUGGACCAUUGUUUCGGCGCGAUACGAUAUUGACCCCAACAAGGCUCUUGGAUACGCCUUUGUGGCGCUGACCUUUAUCUAUGUGUGCAGGUCUGGUCUCAUGGCCAACUAUACCACCGAGAUUCUGCCCUACGGUCUUCGUGCCAAGGGUUUCACAUGGCUCAACUUCUGUGUCACCGCCGCGCUCUUCUUCAACCAGUACAUCAACGGUAUUGCUCUUGAGGCUAUGGGCUGGAAGUACUACACCAUCUACUGCGUGUUCCUCGGUUUCGAGGUGUAUGUCAUUUACUUCUUCCUCAUCGAGACCCGCUACACGCCCAUGGAAGAAAUCGCCAAGUACUUCGAUGGCGAUGCGGUUGAUGUUGGUGAGGUUGCUAGGGCUGAUAUGAAGGAGAGAGGUGUUAUGAUGACGGAGGUGGAUUCCAAGGGACCUCGUGCCACUGAGAUUGAGGCUCGUUAG